UGGAAAGGACCAGGGAGGCCAGACGCGCUGGCCCUUCCCCCAGCAGGCGCUCAGAUGUCGACCUACAAGCGGGCCACGCUGGAUGAGGAGGACCUGGUGGACUCCCUCUCCGAGGGCGACGCGUAUCCAAACGGCCUGCAGGUGAACUUCCGCAGCCCCCGGAGCGGCCAGAGGUGCUGGGUGGCACGGACCCAGGUGGAGAAACGACUGGUGGUGCUGGUGGUCUUUCUGGCGGCGGGACUGCUGGCCUGCCUGGCAGCACUGGGCAUCCAGUACCGGACAAGAAGCCCCCCGGUGUGUCUGAGCGAGGCCUGUGUCUCAGUGACCAGCUCCAUCUUAAGUUCCAUGGAUCCCACCGUGGACCCCUGCCAAGACUUCUUCACCUACGCCUGUGGUGGCUGGAUCAAAGCCAACCCUGUGCCUGAUGGCCACUCUCGCUGGGGGACCUUCAGUAACCUCUGGGAACACAACCAAGCCAUCAUCAAGCACCUCCUGGAAAAUUCCACAGCCAGUGUCAGUGAGGCAGAAAGGAAGGCCCAGGUUUACUACCAUGCGUGUAUGAACGAAACCAGGAUAGAGGAGCUCAAGGCCAAGCCCCUGAUGGAGCUGAUUGAGAAGCUCGGGGGCUGGAACAUCACCGCCCCCUGGGACAAGGACAACUUCCAGGACACCCUGCAGGUGGUCACCUCCCACUACCGCACCUCGCCCUUCUUCUCCGUGUACGUCAGCGCUGACUCCAAGAACUCCAACAGCAACGUCAUCCAGGUGGACCAGUCUGGCCUGGGCUUACCCUCCAGAGACUACUACCUGAACAAAACUGAAAAUGAAAAGGUGCUGACGGGAUACCUGAACUACAUGGUCCAGCUGGGGAAGCUGCUGGGCGGGGGUGAUGAGGACGCCAUCCGGCCCCAGAUGCAGCAGAUCCUGGACUUCGAGACGGCGCUGGCCAACAUCACCAUCCCCCAGGAGAAACGCCGCGACGAGGAGCUCAUCUACCACAAAGUGACCGCGGCCGAGCUGCAGACCUUGGCCCCCGUCAUCAACUGGUUGCCCUUCCUGAAUACCAUCUUUUACCCAGUGGAGAUCAAUGAGUCCGAACCCAUCGUUGUCUACGACAAAGAGUACCUUGGACAGGUCUCCACCCUCAUCAACAACACCGACAAGUGCCUGCUGAACAAUUACAUGAUCUGGAACCUGGUACGGAAGACAAGUUCCUUCCUCGAUCAGCGCUUUCAGGACGCCGAUGAGAAGUUCAUGGAAGUCAUGUAUGGGACGAAGAAGACCUGUCUUCCUCGCUGGAAGUUCUGCGUGAGCGACACAGAAAACAACCUGGGCUUCGCCUUGGGCCCCAUGUUUGUCAAAGCGACCUUCGCCGAGGACAGCAAGAACAUCGCCAGCGAGAUAAUCCUGGAGAUCAAGAAGGCGUUCGAGGAGAGCCUGAGCACCCUAAAGUGGAUGGAUGAAGACACUCGGAAAUCAGCCAAGGAAAAGGCGGAUGCAAUCUACAACAUGAUCGGCUACCCCAACUUUAUCAUGGACCCCAAGGAACUCGACAAAGUGUUCAAUGACUACACCGCAGUUCCAGACCUCUACUUUGAGAACGCCAUGCGCUUUUUCAACUUCUCCUGGAGGGUCACCGCGGACCAGCUCCGGAAGGCUCCCAACAGAGACCAGUGGAGCAUGACCCCACCCAUGGUGAAUGCCUACUACUCGCCCACCAAGAACGAGAUCGUGUUUCCAGCCGGGAUCCUGCAGGCACCGUUCUACACCCGCUCCUCACCCAAGGCCUUAAACUUCGGUGGCAUCGGUGUUGUCGUGGGCCACGAGCUGACUCAUGCUUUUGAUGAUCAAGGCCGGGAGUACGACAAGGACGGGAACCUUCGGCCCUGGUGGAAGAACUCGUCCGUGGAGGCGUUCAAGCAGCAGACGGAGUGCAUGGUGGAGCAGUACGGCAACUACAGCGUCAACGGGGAGCCGGUGAACGGCCGGCACACGCUCGGGGAGAACAUCGCUGACAACGGGGGCCUCAAGGCCGCCUACCGGGCCUACCAGAACUGGGUGAAGAAGAACGGGGCUGAGCAGACCCUGCCCACCCUGGGCCUCACCAACAACCAGCUCUUCUUCCUGGGGUUUGCGCAGGUCUGGUGCUCUGUCCGCACGCCCGAGAGCUCCCACGAAGGCCUUAUCACCGACCCCCACAGCCCUUCCCGCUUCCGCGUCAUCGGCUCCAUCUCCAACUCCAGGGAGUUCUCGGAGCAUUUCCACUGCCCGCCCGGCUCCCCCAUGAACCCCCAACACAAGUGUGAAGUCUGGUGAGGGGCAAAGCACCAAGAGCCAAGACGGAGUGGGGAGGGACGCGGAGGCGCCCCAGGGUGGGCCCGCGGCCUCCCCCCAUGCGGCCCCAGGGCCGUCCCCUCGGCCCGCGCACUGGAGGCCGCUCAGCCGAGCCUGCGGUGUGGUUCUAGCACAGCCCAGAGCGGCUCCCGCGAGCACCCUGCCACCCCAGGCGCGCAUGCGCGGCGCGGCGGGCAUGUGGGGGUCAGGCCGCUUGUCAGAGCCCUGGGCCCCUCGCCGCCAGGGGCAGUGGACGCAGCCUCCCAGCUCACACUCAGCGCCAGGUACACCGCAAACACCACUGUGUCAAAUGCUUUAAAGAUAUAUUUUUGGGGAAACUAUUUUUUAAACAUUGUGGAAUACACUGGAAGCCUUCAGGGAAAUAAUGCAUUUAAAACACUUUUUUUUUUAAAGAGAGGAUUGGUAUAUUUAUUAUGUUGUUUUUCUAAAUAACCUGUGGACAAGAGAAGCCCCGGACUCACUCCUCUCUCUCCCUUACUGCAAGCGACCCCCCAGCUCCUGAGCAGGGCCCCAAAAACAGAAAACGCCAUUUCAGCACCAGCACUCUGGCAUGUGGUGCGGAGGAGAGUCUCCCCUGCACCUCGCCCGCAGUUGCUUGCCUGUCUCCAGCCCAGCGGGGGGCCGCAGCAAGGAAGUUGUGGUCUCUGGAGUCACAGCAACAGAGACCGGUGGCUGUGGCAAGUCGGCCCUCAAACCUAGCUUGGGUGCCUGGGUACCCUGGAUUUGGACCCUCCUGCCAGGCUGAGCCUGGUCCCCAUCAGAUGCACCCUCUGUGCUGUAGGUACCCAGACUUCAUCCCUCUCUUGGCCACCCCAUGUCUGUCCUGGGGGCUGUUCCCUCACUGCAGGAGUCCCCCCAUCCUAGCCCUGGGGUCCAUCUAGCCAACUGUCUCCUAUGGGGAAGGAGAAAAGAGAAAACCCCUCACGUCACAGAGUCCAGGCUCUCCCACUGAGCUCCAUCCCACUAGGCCCACCGCUGUGGGCCGGCUCCCAGGACCACAGCCAGCCCGCCCUCCAUCUCUAGUGCCUUACCUGAGGCUUGGCCCUGGGCUCACCCCAAGGAGACAGCCCCAUUGCCAGGGCCCCUGUGGCUUCCUCAUGCACCCACCAAGUGACCUGACUGGAACUCAAGGCCAUACCCCUGCUCCCAGCGCCUGCUUGGAGCCACGCUCCCCUCCCAGCAGCUCAGAAGCACCAUCCUGCAGGUUAGUUGCACAGAGGUCAGGAGUCUGCAGAGCCCUUGAACUUGCCCUCAGCCCCUUGAGUUGAAUCAAGACAUUCCCCUUGGUGGGAGAUGCUUCCAGGCAUGGAAGGCUAUGAGGGGUAGCACCCCCAAUCUUAGCAGUGAGACCUGUGGAGUCCAGACAGCAGCCUGCCCCCUCCCUCAUGCCACAGGCUCUCCCCACAGCAGGUUCAGGAGUGGCCCCAGGUGGAGCUAAUCAUAGCCCCUCCACUCCCAGUCCUCUGGGGGAGCAGCACCUGUGACAGAUGCCACCAGUUCCCACCAGGCUCCCACGGGGCAAUCACCUUGCCCAGGAAGCCAGGGCCCUCCGUGCCCAAGAGGAGCAGGCAGCUCCGGAGUAGCCUUGGCAUACUGCCCCGAGCUGGGGAGAGGCGGGCAGUGGGUUCCAGGUGAGGCCCAGUUCACACAGGCCUUCAGAGGAAAGGAGAGACAGGAGCUGGAGAAGGAGUAGGUCACAUCACCUGCCUCUCACAGGAAGGCUUCCCUGGUACCCUCCUGCCCGCCUCCCACCCGUCUCCCUCACCCUCCGGCUGCACCAUGGAGAGACUCGGUCCUGAAGGGCACUCAUCUGAGGGCAUGUGCACUGAGGCUUCCUGGUGUCCUGGGAAGGCAGGGGCGGGAGGCGAGGAGGGCCCAGCAGAGACAGAAGACAGGAAGCAGCCCCUCUCCCACCGCCCCAAGAUUCCAGAAAAGGCUAGGGUGGAGGGGCAGUCACCCUCAGAAAGACCCUGCCCCUGGGCCCUGGAGACCCGCAGGCCAUCUUCUCUGCUGGCACAGGGACUUGCAGUUUGGAGCUAGGGAGCUGUUUUUUUGUAUGACCGUGUCUCGUGCUACUGUAGUCUGGUGUGGCACUAUUGUAACUGAAAUAAAGUACUUGUACGGGA